AUGGCUGGCAACAAUGCAUUCCCACAGCUUGAUACUCAAAUGGGUGCUGCCAAUAGAGCAGGUGCGCCUCCAACGGCGACUGCGAUGGGCGGCGCACUGAACGGCAAUGGAGCGGGAGCAGCUGCUAAUUACAUGGCACCGCUUCCCGUGGGACAUCAACAAGACUUGAACUUUCUCUACGCACAAAUCCAAGAACUCGGGUCGAUCCUGAGAAGCAAUCGUGAUAAAGUCAACGUGAUCACACGUACUGCCGAGGAGGUGGCUAAACGCACCAAUGGCUCAAUUCCAGACAGUGAUGGCAGUCACGAGGGCGAUAAAGCACGAGUCCGGGAACUGGAGCGGGAACUGGCCAAGUCCAACCACAUCAUCUCCCUGUACAAGCACGAGCAGACGGAGAACACGAAUCUGAUAGCGAUGUAUGAAGAUGCCCUGGGCACAGCUACGGAACAGAUUCGGAACUAUUGCACCGACGUCGAGUCACGAUUCCUCGCCCAACGCAAACACUACAACAACCUACUGCAGCAGGAGAAGGAUGAGCAUCUCCAAAGCCGGCUGGACCGCGACCACUGGCAAGCGCAGACACUGAAGGUCUCCGAGAUGAUUCGGACGGCGAGUCGUUUACGUACGGAUGAGUGGUCUGAGGAAUACGCUGUUAUUUCGGGCCUUCAGAGCGAGGUCAGAUGCCUGCGCCGUUGCUUGGGGAUGGAGCCUGAGAAAGCCGAAAACGAAACUGGCUGGAGCUAUCUUAAAGAGCUCCCUCUGACUGAUCAGGCGUAG